CCAAUUGGAACUAUCUUGUUAAUUUUGAAUGUUUCUAAAUUUUAUAUAUAUUCAUUUGGGAGCUUAAAAAUUAUCAUUUUGGUCAUCUAUAUCAUGUUUAUUUAGCAUUUACAUGGGAAUGUAUGUCAUUUUUGAUAAAUUAAUCCGUUGCCAUGGCAACGGCCGAAAAUGGCAUUUUAAAAUUUACCUCCCAUCUUUAAAAUAAAUCUUAGGGCAUAUACUUAUACUUGUGAAAGUUUCAUGCUUUAGUCAAAAUUUGCACAAUUGUUCGGCUAAUCCGCUCUACUAUAAAUUACAUUAGACGAUAUGGCAAUUAAAUCAAGCGACGAUUAGCCCAACUGGGCAUUAGACGAAAUGGCUAUUUGACCAAGUGGUCACUAGACUAAUUGGCUAUUAGAACAAGUGGUCAUUAGAACAAAUGAGAAUUGGACUAAGUUGGUUUAGCUCGAAUGUUGUUAGCCCAUCUGAAGAAUAGACCAAGUGAUAUAAGACCAACCGUCAGUUAACCGUUAAAACAACCAUAAAGUAUUUUGCAAAAUUCGAAAUCUGAACAAAACAAGCAUUUGAACUUAUUUUACAAAAAUAUAUGCAUAUCCUCUUGUAACCUCAAAUAACCUAAGCUUUUCUUUUAGAAUGUAGAUGAAAUUCAUUUAGCAAUUUGUAUUGACUUGAUUGCCAAGCCCUAUCUUAACCAGUUACUUACUAAAAUCGGUUAAUCCAUGUACAAAGCUUGUGUGUCUAUCACAUGAUCCAGUAGUCAACAUGCUAACAAACUUUUGACAUACCUAUCAAUGCUUACCGAGGCAGUACUAUUUAUAUGUGAUAAAUGAGAAAGGAGUCUAAUAAAAUCUAAUAAAGCAUGUUAAGCUAUUAUGUGGCCUUAUUUCUCCAACCAGAAGUAAAAUUCUUUGGCAACUCACUUUCAUGGUAGAAAAAGCAUGCUUCUUAUACGUACACUAUUUCAUUAAUAUAAAAAAGGUAGGGCAAGACAAUUGCCACACCAACAUGCUAGAGUACUAAGGUCUCGUUGAAUUAUCAAAGUGUCGAUGAAUAAAUCAAUGAAUAAAAACGCACAAAUUAAUCAUGUUUAGUCCGUCUCGUGCGUAUAGGUCGCUGCUGUGACUGGAAAAUUACUCAUUGGUCUACCCCGUCUUGACCGGGCCUUAAAGGCCUGGUCCCACUGACAGACGGACAUAAAACGUAUUCAUAAGGACACGGCGGACGAGCAAAAUUUCGGGAGUGGCUCCAUACCUUUUCAUCCGCUCCAGAAGAAGACAAAAUUUGCGAAAACAUAACGGAAAAGAACGGGCGUGGGUAGUUGGUAGCGCGGAUGGUAAACGAAUGUUCAUCGGAAAGCUAGCAGAUGAAAGUGGAUGACAGCUCCGAAGGGGUUACCGAGAGUUUUGAAUACGUUAUAAUACGAGAUGCAUACGCUUACAUCCUUUCUAUUUCCGUGCUACUGACGAUGUACAGACGUUCCAUGUACAUGUACCUUAUCUUUCUCCCUCUUUCCGUUGCUCAGCUUGAGUGGAUGUGGGUUGCGAGGAUGUUCAGAGAAUGCAGAGAGGAUACCCCGUACGUUUAACGGAUGACAACGGACUUGGAACGUUUGUUACUCGUAUAUGUUGCGGAAUACAUCAGGGCCCUGGGGACGAUUUUUUUAGUGGGGAUGCUGACAUGUGCUGAAAUCUCUUCUCAAAGGUGGGGGGGGGGCACAAUAAAGUUUCCAAUGUUAUUGUAUAUACACACACACAUGACAGUAAUUUCUUAGCUGUAUUCUUAUAAACGAACAUAGUGCGAGCGCGAAGCGCAAAGUUAUUUUUUUUUUUGAAAUUUCAUGUAUUUUGUCCUGAAAAUUGAGCAAUGUUUGUGAUCCUGAACAAGAUGCGUAUGUAACAAAUAAUUACAGCGUGAGCAGAAAUUUUUAAUAUACGUUCUGAACUGAUGGAAAAGGGACCUGUUAUAAGGACUGUUUGCAGUUACCCAUGAAGACGAUACAUAUUUCAACAAUCAAAUAAUGCGAGCGCGAGCUGAAAAUUGUUGACAUUCAGACCUAAAACUGGGCAUUUCAUACACUUUUUGUAAUCAUGAACAGGAUAGGUUCAUAACUAUACAAUAAUUGAUGCGAGCGCGAAGCACGAGCGGAAAAAAUGAGAUUUCAGACGUUAAAACGGGACACUCUAUUCAUGUUUUGUAAAUCCGGAAAAGGAUGGGUAAAUUGGUAUCUUACUACAUUAAUGUGAGCGCGAAGUGCGAGCAGAAAAUUUUGAUAUCCUGAUCUGAAACUUUAUGAUUUAUGAGCACGUUUAACAAAAAUAGCUACGUAUAUGAAUAAACAUGCAUGCGCGUGUUUAGAUUUAGGCCUUGAAUCUGGGCAUUCUAAAUACAUUUUUUUUUAUUGUGAAAGUCAAUAAUGCGAGCUCGAACCGCGAUCUGAAAAAGGGUGAAUUUAAGCACUAUUUCAAGCACUGAGUAUGAAAUUCUUAAUUGGGGGGGGGGGUGUUACACCCACAAAUGUAAUAACUCCCACAAAUGUAAUAACGCCCACAAAUGUAACAAGACCUUACCCACAAAUGUAAUAAAUUUAAAGGGAUAUUUUUUAUGAAUUCGUCCUAAACUAAAGCCCUGUUGAACUAAUGUUAUCGCGUUUACAAGGACUUCAAAAGGGUAAGAUGAAAACGUGUCAGUGUGACCUUGACCUUUGACCUUUUGAACUCAAAGUCAAUAGGCUUCCUAGGAUCCAUGCUAGUAUCAUAUUUCUGUCAUUUAUCAUACCUACUAGAUUUCCAGGGGUUGCUGCUUAUGGAAAAUAACACACGCAGCACCCACAAGGAAAAUUUGGGGGUGUCCGUUCUAAAAGUUUUGUGUAGCUCAAAAAUUGUUACGCGGAUCAAAUCACAGUGGACGAAUGCUCGGUGGAUAGAGCGUGUGUAGCACUAUGCAGUGAGUACACAACGGAUACAAAGCGGGUUUUUUCUAACGGAUGGCACGAUUUUUUCCCCCGUUUUACAUCCCCUUUGCCUCUGUAAGCGUGUGAAACACGUAUGCGAUGAGUACACAACGGAUGCAUAUCAUUUGCCAACAGAUGGCAAGUUUUUUUUUACGUUUUACACCCUCUUUGCAUCCAUAAGUGCAGUAGGGCCGGGUCUUUAGUUUCAGAGAUGUCGAAGGGACUAUUUACAUCCCUGACUGCUUAGACUUUCCCCGCGAUGUCUUUGCUAAAUCUAAGAUGCUUUUAGGAGAACAGGAAGAUUGAUGAGACGUAGACGAGACGUCGACUUGAUGAUGUUUGACUUACUUUAAGGAUUUAUCUCACUAAAGGAGACGUCUCUGCGACGCGUCAGAGACUUCAGGGGCGAAGACAUCAGUGAAACGAAAAAAAGUCUCUGCGGCGUAUCCAUAAAAGGUGAUUUGGCUGCAACUAAGAAAAGUCUCCGAGAUGUCACAGCCACUAUUUGGAGACAUUGCAGGAACAUCUCCACAACUGUCGGGAAAAGUACUUGUGAUCAUGUCUGGAUAAGUCACAGAGACCUCUGCUCGGUUAUGCCGGGAAAAAAAAAAUAUGUUUGAGACGCCUGGAUUGUACGUCUCUGAGACGAUCGAGAUAGGGCCUUCCGUAUACAUGUCUAUUAAAUUUCCCUUUACGUAAAUGGAUGAGGUCUACCAUUAAGGCAAGGAUACAAGUUUUAACUUUCCCAAUAGAUUUUUCAGAAAAAAACUCUUAUUUGCAACACUGUACAGCGAAAUGGUUUUUAAAAUGCAAUGCAAUUUAUUAUUUUUUAAGUAAUGAUUAAUAUUCAUUCUUGCUUUUCCCUUUUUCCUCCAAACAUUCUUCGCAGUUGAUAAUGGAUUAUGCUCAUCUGACCUGUGUCAAAACGAAGGUGAAUGCGUCGAUGCUCCAUUCGAUUACUACUCGUGUAAAUGUACCAAUGGAUAUUAUGGAAAUUACUGUGAACUUGGACAGAAAGAUAUCGAAUACUUCGUAAACAAGUUUGAUGAGCUCCAGAGCCCCAAUUAUCCCGGGAGUUAUCCGAACGAUAUUGACCGCUUCUACACUGUACUGGUCCAUGGCGCUACAACUAUCAGUUUUACUAUUGUUGAACUUGACCUUCAAGAAAAUAUAGAUGAAUUAUCAUAUGGUUACGAUGCCUCCCUCGCAACGCCCCUAGGAACGUUUACAGGAAGCAUCACAAACCAUAUAAAAGAUGUUCAAGGAGAUUUCGUCUGGUUCCGAUUAGUGACAGACGGAAACAACCCCCAAUCGACAAACUACGUUGGUUUCAGCAUCACGUAUGAAGCAGAUAUUGAUGACUGUGCAACUCACUUGUGUGAAAAUGGUGCUACGUGUGUUGAUGUUGGAGUAGGCGCCUAUAGGUGUGAUUGUACUGAUCAGUUUGAGGGCAUAUUAUGCCGAAUAAGUAUCGUGCCCAUGCCCUGUGCAAGUAACCCGUGCAAUGGCAACGGUGAUUGUCGCAAUGUCACUAAUGAUUUUCAAUGUGAUUGUUAUCCUGGUUUUCUUGGGCAGACCUGCAACAUUGCUGACCCAUGUUUUAACAACCCUUGUUUGAAUAACUGUGACUGCAGUGUCACCGCUACUUUUACAACCAGCUGUUUAUCUACUAACCCAUUUAUCACGGGCUCACUUUGUGAAAUCGUCCAUCCAUGCAAUGAUCCACAACUCUGUGAGAAUGGUGGAAACUGUAAUCCAUCGGGAUCUUCAUUUUCAUGUUCUUGUCUUCAGGGAUUCGUUGGGGAUGUGUGCCAACAUGAUGACCCAUGUGAGCCGGUAAAUCCGUGUCAAAAUAGUGGAACAUGCAACCCUACAACGGACGGAUCCAGUUUUACUUGUGCUUGUAUUUUAUUCUGGGGAGGUUCAACAUGUACUGACCCAUUGGGAUGUGACAACGUGGAUUGUCAAAAUGGUGGGACGUGUAACAUUGAUUCUGUUAGUGGAAAUUUUGAUUCCUGUGUCUGCACUCCUGAGUAUUAUGGGCCUUUCUGUUCCAAUGCAUUCCCAUGUACCAACCAGGGCACUGGCAGUGGUGUAUGCAAUGGACAAGGCACUUGUGAGAAUAUUGAAGUUACUAGUGGAAUCUAUACUUAUCGAUGUACGUGCAUCCCUGGAUACGUAGGACUCACAUGCAGAUAUGAGGAUCCUUGUAGCGCAGUUAACGAUCCUUGUCAGAACAAUGGGGUUUGCUCUGUCAUGUUUCUUUCCUCUGAUCCUGAUGCUGCACCUAUUGCUGAUUGCUCGUGUCCCGUAGAUCUUUACUAUGGAGACAAUUGCGAAAAUGCUUAUCCUUGUACCAUUAACCCAUGCUUAUCCGGAGGGACAUGUAUGAACAUUGGACUUGUUAACUACGAUUGCAAUUGUACUAAUUCCUACAUUGGAGAAAGAUGCCAAGCAGUUAAUCCUUGCAAUAGCAACCCAUGUUUGAACGGCGGUGCAUGUGAUGGAUCUGUGGUCUCUGGUACUACAACUGAAUACAGGUGUAACUGUAUAGGGUCAUGGACAGGCCAACGAUGCGAAAUUGGUGAUUGCUCACCAGACAACCCGUGCAUGAAUGGAGCAACUUGUCAAUCAACGUCGAGCGGCACAUUUCAGUCAUGUCUUUGUCCGGCAGGGUAUACUGGGCCGCAAUGCGAGACUGAGAUUCCAUGUUAUGACACCAGAAAUCCUUGUCAAAACAAUGCAGCAUGUACAUCGACCGACCAAGACCAAAACUUUGUCUGCACGUGCUUUACUGGAUUUCUUGGACCUCUAUGCCAAUAUGAAUCCUCAUGCAAUUCCCAGCCGUGUACAAAUAGUGGUACUUGCAAUGUGAUCGACAGAGGUGAUCAGCCACCUAACUAUUCUUGUGACUGUCCCGAAGACUAUUACGGAUCUAUGUGUCAAAUGUCAAAAUCGUGUCUCAAUGAUCCCUGUCUAAACGGAGGGACAUGUGACCAGAUGACAAACACUGUACACAGUUGUAAUUGCCUACCAGAGUACACCGGGAUGCGAUGUCAGUACGAUGACCCAUGCUUGGUGACACCUUGUCUAAACGGUGGGACAUGUAGUCGGUUUGAUGACGGUCUCAAUAGAACUUGCAUUUGUACAGAUUCCUGGAUUGGAGAUGACUGUUCACUGGACGGUGGAUGCAAUCCCGAUAACCCGUGCAGAAAUGGGCAAUGUGUUUCGGACAGCUCUACCGGAAGUUUUGUUCGAUGUGAUUGCGAUCCUGGAUUUAUAGGCUCAGUCUGCCAAACCAUUGAUCCGUGUUUCAUCAACCCUUGUCGAAAUGGCGGUCAGUGUAAUAUCGCUUCCACUAACGUAGCUCAACAUGUGUGUACUUGUGCUUUUUCAUGGACCGGUAGCUCUUGCGAAAUACCUAGCGGAUGUAAUCCCAAUCCUUGUAAUGGAGAAACAUGUAUACACAACACUUUAACAGGAGAAUUAACGAGGUGUGACUGUCCUCUUUCACGUCUCGGUGACAAUUGUGAAUUUGUAAACCCUUGCAAUUCUGACCCAUGUCAGAACGGAGGUGAAUGUGAAGUUACACUUGGGAUUGAACCACCUGUAUACCAGUGUUCGUGCCCGUAUGUAUGGGUAGGGGGUAACUGCCAAGAAGCCGGCGGAUGUCAAGGAACAGUUUGUCUGAAUUUGGGUACUUGCGUGUAUGAUUUCACUACCGGAGAACACAUUCGCUGUGAUUGCACGUCAUCAUAUACCGGUGCUAAUUGUCAAAUAGUGAGACCCUGUUCUACCGAUCCCUGUCAGAAUGGAGCAACUUGCAAUCCGAUGGGCGACAGUGUUUACUCUUGUAUUUGUACUACAGAAUGGGUCGGGCGCCACUGCAAUAUUGAUAAUCCAUGUAUUCCAAAUCCUUGUCAAUAUGGAGGGACAUGCGAGCCCACAAAUCAAGGAACGUUUUCAUGCUCAUGUAGAGAUGGCUUCACUGGUACAAGAUGUGAAGAUGCCAAACUAUGCCAGAGUCGUCCGUGUUUCAACAAUGGACAAUGCAGUGUAAAUGAUGCGGGGACGGAGAUUAUAUGUGACUGUCCAAUGCUGUUCUCAGGACCCCUCUGUCAAGAUUCUGAUGAGUGUGCUAUGAAUCCUUGCCUCAAUGAUGGAAUAUGCCGACCGAAUGGAAAUACCUUCACAUGUCAAUGUCAGAGUGAUUUCACGGGUGGAAUUUGCGAAACGCCAGUGUCUGUGGUGAGUUGCAACAAUGAAUGUAGCGGUAAUGGUGCCUGUAUUCCAGAUGCUGAUGGUAACUUUUUAAGAUGUCUGUGUUUUGCUGGAUUUACUGGACCACGGUGUGAGACUGCAGUGUCAGUUUGCGAUAGAGUAGAGUGCUUAAACGGAGGCAGCUGUUUCUUAAGAGGCAAUAACGGGUUCAUUUGCUCGUGUGCUGUUGGAUUCAGAGGAACAUUGUGUGAAAUAGGAGAUGGUAAUACACAGAUUUGUGCUGUGAAUACAUGUUUCGGCAGAGGAACGUGUGAUGAUUCUGGCAAUGCUGUUAGAUGCGUAUGCAACGAGGGAUAUACAGGACAAUUCUGCCAAACAACGGUUUCAUCGUCCCAGUGCAGUGGUUUUGUGUGUUUGAAUGGCGGGUCGUGCUUUCAAAGCACAAUCACUGGUGAAUUCAUUUGUACUUGUGUCUCUGGUUUUACGGGAGAUCGAUGCGAAAAUGAUACACGUCAAUGCAUUCCAAACCCUUGCCGAAGUGGUUUAUGCUCAGCGACAAUAAAUGGAUACAGAUGUAACUGUUUCAAUGGCUUCACAGGAACAAAUUGUGACGUACCGACUUCUACCAGUUGCUCACCGAACCCAUGUAAAAAUGGCGGAAGAUGUUCAAUCUCUUCCAAUCAACUUACACCAACAUGCACCUGUCCUUUCGGAUACACUGGGGAUGUUUGUGAAUUCGUUCCAGCAGGUGGACAUGCGACCAAUAUAAAAUCAUCAAGUUUGGUUUUCCUGUUUUGUAUCAUCUCACUGCUGAUGGGUUUAUACCAGUGAUACAUCAACACAAAUAUAGCCCCCAUAACACAUUACCCCCAUAACCCCAUUUGGGAUCAAUCGUUAAUUUAAAAGGACUCUUCUGACAAAACAAAAACUUGCAAAUGCACAUUUGGAAUAUAGGAUAUAGAUCAAUUUGCUUUUUAAAUUUUAAAUUGUAAAUUAAAUUUAUUUCAAUGUAAGACCAGUUGAAAUAUAUGAAAUAUAAUAAAAUAAAAGUUGUUUUAAUUCUGCAAGUCUUAAUGAUAUUACUGUUAAGUAGCCACUGGAUGAACAGGUCAGUGCCUCAUAUUUUGUCAUCUUCAUUUUACUCUUUAUAUUAUCAGUUUAGAAGCAUAUACUUAUGUCUUUCAGUAUGAAAAAAUUUGAUAUUUAUUUCAUGUACAUCUUCCACUUCUUUACUUCAUUCUUGUCAACAAUGAUGAUGCAAUUUGUUGAGACGUAUGUGUCUAUCCUUCAUUUUCUCAGGCACUGUUAUAUUCUUUUCCGCUUUAUAAUAUUUAUACCAUGUAGAAUUAGAUAGAUAUAUUUGAUAUUUUCUACCUCAGUAUUAUUCACCCCAUUUUUUCUCUCCAUCUCUCUCUUAAAUUAUCAAUUUAUCUACCUUCUAUGCUCUAUAUUUCUCUUCCUUUUGUAACAUUUUUUCUUUUUUCCUCCUUCACUUCAACUAUGUUACCUAAGUGUUUUUUUUUUAUUCCUAUUCUGCGGCAUAAUCUAUAAAAGGAAUAAUAAUUUGUACAAGAUGGCGUACUUAAUAAAAUAUACUCAGUGCCAUUAUUCCUAGUUUUAGGCAAAAUAUUUCCAUCUGUAGUAGAUCCUUGAUCCAAUAAACCAUUGAAAUUGAGGACAAACCUUCUUUCGUUUGAUCCGGUAAAGAUCAGGGCAGGGAGUGGAUAGAUAAUAUUUACUCUGCUACUAAGAGGAAGAAAAGAAGCCCAAUUACAACUCCAUUCCACUCAAGUUGAUGGAGAACGUACACUGGACCUCAAAGUUGUCAAUUCCCCAUAAAAAGUGACGAUAGACAACCUCUUAACAUGUAAUGUGAAAUCAAUUGAUUAUUGGGAGCACUGCAGUUCGUGUCUAAUGAAUGAUUGCUGUCAUCAUACAUGGAAAUUAUUUCACUAUUAAAUCUCUGAAAAUAUUUUACUAUCAGUUGUAUGUGAUUUUAAGGAAAACAUAAUUAUUAUACUAUUUAUGAUGUUCUUAAGUUGUAUUACUAAUCUUUGUGGUGGCGGAUUCUUCUAUUUAUAAUGAAAUUAUAAAUAGAAGAUUGUGAUGAAUCAAAUACAUCUUUUGCGCAAAAUUGCACUAUAUUACAAUUUGUUGAGUAUACAUACAUGUUUUUAAUUUUUUGUAAUGAUUGUCGCGCAAAGUUUAUCCUGUCAGUCUGAAAUGCAACUUUUCAUUCAAGUUCUUAAAAAUGUUAUACUAUAUAUCUAAUUACCUUAUUCUGUUUUGAAUUUGAUGAAGUCUAACAAAAAUGAAAGGGAUCUACUCAGAUGUUUCAAAUACACUAAAUAAUUAUUUGAAUGGAACCCUAUUAGAAUGAUUGUGUCCACUUGUGUAAUGCAGCAACUAUAGGCUUUUCUUUAUUAUAGACUUCUAUUAAAGCCCUGUAUAUUCUACUGCUUUGCUAAUACAUUUUAGUAUCUAAUUUAUCAGUAAACAGAGUGAAGUGCCUUUCGAUGUUUUUUUUUCAAUGUAACAAACAGUACUGUAAAUUGUAUAUCCUACAUAGCUAAGGUUAAGAGAGAAUGUUUAUUUCGCAGCAUAACUUAUCAGUUUACUUACAUGUAAGUCAUUUUUCAUAAGAUUCAAUCUUGAUCUGAAAUUUGCUGGUUUAUUUGUUUCGCAUUUGUGAAAUUAUACAGUUACAUCAAAAGUUGUUGCUUAUUUAUUGUUAAAAAAGCAGGGUCUCUCAUGUCAGUACUACAGAACAUAUAAAUAAUAUAAGGCACACAAUGUCAACCAUGUAAACCAAGAAAAAAUACUCACGUAUUCUGAAAUAAAUGCAGAAUGAUUUAUAAAUCAGA